AUGAAGGGGGAAACCUUGGAUGAUAUUGAUGCCCGCCGCAUCUCUCUUGGUCAGCUUGCUGGACAACUUUCGGGAUUUAUUGGUGGGAGUGAGGAAGUUAAAAAGGCUAUUGUGAAUGGUUUGCACAGUAAUGUAACUCAGCUUAGUAAGCUUUUACAAACAUCUUGCGGAGAUAAGGGGUGUAAUUGUGAUGAUAAGAAUUUCCGUGAUGAAGUUCUUAAAAAUCUUCAAAAUACAUUUGAAAAAUAUGAUGAAAUUGAGAGAGAAAUUAAUAGCCUUAAAAAAGAUGUUGCUGAAAAAAGUGAGGCGCCUGGAAAGGCGCCGUCCGUCCGUGAUCCUGAGAUUCAGAAGCUUCAACAGCAAAAUGAGCGUCUUAAAAAAGAAAUUUCCUCACAAAGUUCCACGCUUAAUAAUCAAAUUACAACUGUAAUUCCGCUUGUUGACAACAAAAUUAAGGAACUUGACUCUAAGAAAAAAGAUGUUGAUAGCCUUCAAUCUCAAGUGAAUGAGCUUAAUAAGCAAAUUGAGGAGGGGAAUAAAAAUCCUAAAAGCCCGCAAAAAGUUAAUGAAAAUCAACUUAAAAAGGCUGAAAAGGACCUUAAAAACGCAAAAAAUAAUUUCCCUGAAAAAGAGUCUAAAUCUCUUGACGCUCAUCAGAAGUCUAUGAGUUCUCUCAAAAGUCUACAAGGCCUUUGUCAGCAUUGUGAGAAUGUUGAAGGCAAUAAAAGUAAAGAUCCAAAAGAAUUAUUAAAUAACCUGUGCUCUGGCUUGGAGAAGUUCCUUGGUUACCAAGAAACUUCCAAAGGCUACUCGGGUGAUGGCAUCGUGUACUCGGACCUUGACAGGCUGUGCGACGGGGUGAUGUCUUUCCUUCAUGGUGUUUUACAUAACAUUCAGCCUAAAUUAGGCCAGCAUAUGAAUGAAAUUAGUAAGGCAAUUGACUCUCUUAAUCUUCAUAAACACUCUGGCAAAGAGGGUUUUAAUGCUGCGAUUGGCAGAGUGCUGGAGGGGGUGAAGCAGUAUAAUGAGGGUGUGAAGGCGUCGAACAAAAAGGUGAGUGGACAAAUUAAUCUUUUUACAGGCAAUAUAAAUAUGCUUCAAGACACUUCAAACAAGAUUCUUCAAGAGAGAAAUGAACGAGGUGAGGCGAUGACAUAUAAUGCUGAUCAAGUUCAGAAAGCCGUGACUCAAGUGGACAACAAGGUGGCGGAGUGUCUCCAGCAUGCCAAGGACUUUAUCGAUAAUAUUACACAAAAUAACGAACACGUUAACGAUUUGUCAGAUGACUUGAAACGUAAUGUUAUUAGUGCUAGAGAUAAUAUUGCGUAUCAGCGUGGUGAAUUAGAGAGGAUUCAUAGGUUGCAGGAACAAGAUAGGAAGGCGUUGGAGCAGGGUGUUCGGGAGCGACUUCAGGACCUUGGGAAGUGUGUUAAUACGGAGAUUAUGGAACGAGUAAAAACGUUAGUCGAGGAGAUUAAAAAGAAAGGUUCGGCAAUUCUAGACCAGCUCAGAGAAAUUGAGAGAAAGCUGUGGGAGUACGUCCAGGAGUUUGAGGCGUGGAUCAAGCAGGCGAGAAAUGUUAUCGCAGACGCUGAAAAGCAGGUUGCGGUGAUUGAAAAGGAGAUGAAUGAUCCGGAGCCUGGACAGAAGAACAAUAAGAAAGAUAUUGACGAAGCCGCUCGAACUAUUCAGGAUAACAUCGGUACGCUGUAUGAGCAAUUCGAGGGGGUGAAGGAGAAGUAUUUGAAAACUUUCAAAAUCCUAAAGGGGGAGGAUGGAACUGGUGCGGACAAAGAUAGUGUUUUGGGAAAGCUAAGUGAGCUUCCAGGUGAAGUCCAGGCAGCAGUUCCGCAUGACUUUAAAACUCUGACAAAGCAUCGUGGCGAAUGGGAUUUGAAUGGUAAGAUGGAACUAUUCAGAUCUCAGAUGCAACAGAACGUAGGAAAUUACCUGCGAACAUUAAAAGAAGCUGUGGAGGCGGGUAUUGAUGCGCAGAAUGGUUCAGUUGCCCCUGGCAAAACUCCCGCUCUGACAUCUUUGGAUGGGAAUAGCGAGCUGAAAAGUAGAUUGGGAUACUUGGGAGGAUUGAUUGAAUCGGCCAAGUUAGACAAUCAGAAAGAGGGACUAGGGUAUUGCAUUGAAGUUAUUUUAUACUUUUUAAAGUCAGCGAAGCAGAUAGAUAACAAGGGAUGGGAUAAAGUUACUCAAAGAUUUGGUGAUGGCCUCGGACAGGCGAUCGGCACUGCGGUCACCGCUGUCGAUAGUCGGCUCGGCGAACUUCUCCAAAAAGCUAUUCAAGCAGGUAUCAAAAGGCUUCAGCAGGAGAUCAACGUAGAUGUCGUCGCUAAAUUCGAUAGCAUUGAUAACAACUUUACUCAGCUGGACAAAUUAGCCAACUCCGCGAACAAGGAACUCGCUGAGAACACCUCUACUAUAAUGAACAAAUUUGGCACCCUGUGCUAUGACAUCAGGAGCGCCGCUGGAGAACCGAACGGCCUGAAAGGCAAAUUAAAAGAGCUUAGCGAGUUGAUUGAUCAUGCUGUUAUAUCCAUUAACGGCAAGGACCAAAAAGGUCUGCACGAAAUUAAGAACGAAUUUGGCAGGCUGCGGACAAGUCUCAAGGACGGCGCCAUCACCUUGGCAGAACAGUUGCUAGGCGUAGAAGUUCCGAAGUUCCAAAAAACAUGUGUCACCACACUUAAGGAUCAUGUCAUCCAACAGGUAGAGACAGCCGAACAAGCCAUCACCCAGGACCUCCGCGCGAAAUACGUCACGUUCAUGAAAGAUCAGCUCACAGUCUUCGCCGAAAAAUGCCAGACGGAGCUCAACGAACUGCCGGACGAAAUCACGGCGGACGCGGACAAAGGCGCCAAGGGGUUCAUGAAGAAGAUUGCACACUUCAUUCCGCAAAUUAAAGGGUUUUUCGAAACCACUAGUGAAGAGCAAAAAACUCUAAAGAUUUUCGCCGAGUGGUUACUCCUUCGUUUUAAUGACUUUUUUGAAGCAUUGUAUCCGCAAGAAGAUUUUCAGAAAGUCCGUCGAAUUUUCGACCCUUGCAGGAAUGCUUUACAUAACUUGCUAAGUAAACUUAUCACUUCACAACACUUCGAUCCCACGUUCACCACUAACCUACACACCCUAAAAACCAAGCUUAACGAGCUAACACCCAAGCAGUUCGGCGAAGAGUCCACUGCCCUGUUACAGUCCCUCAAGGACGGAAUGACGGCGCUGACCGACGUGCUGUCCAAGUGCUACAUAAACGCCUACGAGGGCGCUGAGCCGAUCGAUAAGUGGACUGAACCUCUGCCUGCUGACCUGGCAAGCAAGUCGACUGCCACUCCGCCAAAAGAGAAGCUGACGCCGGACGGCGAGCGUUGUGCCAAGGCGUGUCUCACCAUAGUUCCCAUUAUAUGGAAAACCUUAGGUGAACUUGCAAAGCAUCUUGGAAAAGAUGAUAGCGCAUGGCGAAAGUAUAAAAUGUACGCUUCCACGAAAUCAACUCCUAGCUUACACAAAUCAUUCUUCCGUGAAAACGGAUACGAUGUCACUCUUAGCGACAACGCCGACAGCGGUGAACUCAAUCAUAAAGACACCUUUAAAGGUAACAAUAUUUAUGACCAUCUCACCACCGGUAACCAUGUAUUGUUUAAGCCUAAGUCUUCUCCAUCCUCAGCUUCCAGUCCUGCAGAUCCAGAUGGACCGACCAUCGAGGUUGUCGACGAACGGGCCUUAAUCCCUGAACUUAAUUCAUAUCACCAAUUGUUCUUACAGGUCUGCCACCACACUCAUUUAGACUCACCGAAACUACCAUGUUCCAUCUACGAAAUGCUUGCGUGGUGUACCGGUUUCCAGUUUAGUCCCGUAUUUGAGAAAUUUGAGCAGCACAUUAAUUCCGAGUUCAUGGUAACCGAUAAGGCAGACCCAACUAAAAAAACAAUUCAGCCCAUUGAAGCGUAUCCGGCAGACGUUACUGCAACCAAAACAAUAGAUGCCUUGACACAGAUGUGUUCUGAUGCGUAUCCCGUCCUCACUUCCAUACUGGGUAAUGGGCACGCCAAUGGCAUAUACGCCGUUGAGUUCUCCAACAAUUCACUGAAAUUGUAUUACCCUAGUUCCAUGGUACAGUUGCUGUGUAUGUUGUAUGAGAUUACAAAACGGCUGCACCAACAGCUUCAUUUCCUAUACCAGCAAUGCAAAUAUGGCUCCGACCAAAGCGGUUGGAAAGACUGUUGGUACGGCAACCAAAUCGGUGGAUCGUCGGUCCAGUGCAACUCUAUCCAGUGUGCCAACCAAGCGUGUACCCUAAGUGCCAACCAAGGUGCUACCCAAAGUGCUACCCAAAUAGCUGAGCAAACGUGUAACCAGCAUCCUACAUGUGGCGUGAAAUCACCAUUACAAUCUUUCCUAGAAGACGGUCUUGUAGGCUACUUGCCGCAUAAUGUAUCAUUUAGAGGGACAAAUAUUACAUGUUCCAACUGUCCCAAGUCGUCGCCUGGCCAACCAUGUAAGACGCCUAUGGGAUUCCCUGAAAUCGCCGUCACCGCGUCUCAUAGGAAAACUGGAAAGCAUAUUUACGAUGUGCUUCGUGAUUUCUGCAGCCGAUCUAGUAAGCCACUCAGCAAACUAUGUCAGUAUUUGCAGUGUCUCCUACAUCGCACGCCGCAGUCGCUUGACGACAUGUGGGCAUUCUAUUACAAUUUCCUUAAGGAAUGGCACGGCACAGGCAGGCGUGACGAAGUGAGCUUAAGACAUAAGAGAGACGCAUUUAACAAUGCCGUCAACGAAGCGAAUUUCAAACGUGAAUAUGACGGCUUGAAAGUCAAUUCCGUAUUUCACAGCACACAUUCAUCGAAAUCAACAAGUCAUGGUAACGGUGAUCUUGUCAGCCUGGUUUGCGGUGCAGCUUCAAAUAGAAGAUGCGGUCCGUAUUUGCAAUCCCUCAAUAACGAUAUCGCUGGCAUAUACUCAAAGAAGUAUGCUGGCAGAUAUUUAUCAUGGAUUGUUUACCUCACGGAAACGUUCUACCAAUUACUCCACAGUCUCUACGAGGACUGCAAUAAGACCUGUGGAGGUGAUAAGGCAAGAUGCCGCAUUGCCAAAUGUCCACAACCAUGUACAGUUACCGAGAAAUCGCCUACCGCCAAUCACGAAUCCGGUUGCAGUUCAAUUAUAAAGUGCAAUUCUACAUCAUCGGUAUUCUGCAGAUACGGAUUCAUAUUCUCGGAUCGGAGGACGCUGAGUGGUAUGGAGCACACGGAACAGAGGAGGACGUGCAAUGAUUUCUGCAGCGUGCUGAAGAAAGUACUGGACGGGGAAUCUGUUCUUGUCAAACUAUUCAAUGCUAUCGAUGAAUUCAUGAAAGAGAUCAGGUGGCCAUUUAUGUGUCUAUUGUUAGCCCUCUGGUCCCUCUCUGUGCUCUACCUGCUGCACAUCGCCGUCGUCCGCCUCGACGUCCUGAGGAUACGCUCCCACCUGAGAUCACCCUCAAGCCACCGCAUCGCCGCACAGUCGCUCCUCGCCGCCGCACGCGUCAGGGCACUCGCCAGCGUCAAGUACUUCUCACCAUAA